CAAAUUGAAAUUUUUCCCAAACAAAAACAAGAAAAAUGAUGUAGCAACUUAAAUUCGGCACCGAGACACGAAUCUUCGCCGAGUUCAAUGCCGCGCACUCCUCCGCAGCUUCUUCUUCGUCCGCGAGAAACCCUAAAUUCGGCUUCUGCUUCUGCUUCCUCAAACCCUAGAAAAUGGAGCUCGACGCGGUGAAGCGCUCGUUGGAGGCUGCGGCGGCGGAGACGCUCCCCACGCCGUCGCUCUCCUCCCUCCCCUCCCGUUUCUACGACGCCUUCGUCCUCCGCGGCCUCCGCGUCGACGCCGCCGAGCGCGGCCGCCUCCUCUGCUCCCUCUCCGUCCCCCCUCGCCUCCUCAACACGGGGAACUUCCUCCACGGCGGCGCCACCGCGUCGCUGAUCGAUCUCGUUGGAUCCGCCGCGUUCUACACCGCCGGGGCCACCACGAGGGGCGCGCCCCUCGAGAUGAGCAUCUCCUACUUGGACGCCGCGUACGCGCACGAAGAGAUUGAAAUAGAGGCCAAGGUGUUGCGCGCGGGAAAAGCGGUUGGUGUCGCCACAGUCGAGCUGAGGAAGAAAAAUGGGAAGCUAAUCGCUCAAGCUCGCUAUACCAAGUACCUUGCGGCAUCUAGUAACCUGUAAAGGGGGUCGGUUGAUUUGUUCGAUUCUCGAUUUUCAUGUGAUAUAUCAAAUCUACGUAGGAGUUAAACUUGAUAUCAAAUAUAUAUAGGGGUCAAUAUUAAUCCUAUAAUGCAGCAUCUUGUUGUAUGUUGAUUGUAAUGUUUAAUAACUUCUACGUAUAUGGGGCUAUUGUUGAUCCAUUGUACUAAUGCGGGUUCGUUUGGAACCCAUCAUUUAAGUGGAUAGGAAGCGGGUUUUAAUGACUCAGAGGUGGUGAGAGUAAACUAAAUCCCGUUGGGACAGGACUAUGAAAUACCAUCAAGAGAUUGGUGCGAUUGAAUUCGAAAUUUUUGUCGUAUCUCACCGCCCGGUCACCACCCACAGUAACCUGCAAUGCCUCUGAGUCGCUAAACCCUCCCUCCGUUCUGACAUGAUUUUCUGUAUCCUAUCUAACCUAUCUUGGAUGCCAAAUGGGUUCUUAGGCUCAGUAAUACACUUAGAAUGAAGAUGGAUUUUCUUUUGUUUUU